CUUCCUGCCUGCUAGCUCACAAGAGUUCCUGUAGCCGAGCCCGAGAGUGGAGAGAAAGAGGCAUGGCAGAAAAUAGCUGUGACUUUAGCAGCUCCGGCUGCCGGAGGUGUUCCAUCCUUUCUCCCGGAGAACUGACGCAGACCCCCGGCGCUGGAGCGUCCAAGUGGGUCCGGUUAAACGUGGGGGGCACGUAUUUCUUGACGACACGGCAGACACUCUGCCGAGACCCGAAAUCAUUCCUGUAUCGAUUGUGUCAGGCCGACCCCGACCUCGACUCUGAUAAGGAUGAAACAGGUGCCUAUCUUAUAGACAGAGACCCCACGUAUUUUGGUCCAGUGCUAAAUUACUUGAGACAUGGGAAGCUGGUCUUCAACAAGCACUUGACUGAAGAAGGAGUGUUGGAGGAGGCAGAAUUCUACAACAUCACGUCAUUAAUAAAACUAAUCAAAGACAAGAUCAGAGAAAGAGACUGCAAACCUUCACAGGUGCCCGUGAAACACGUUUACAGAGUUCUACAAUGCCAGGAAGAAGAACUAACGCAGAUGGUCUCCACCAUGUCUGACGGCUGGAAGUUUGAGCAGCUUGUCAGUGUAGGUUCCCCGAUUGGCUAUGGCCGGGACCACCAGUCAGAGUUUCUGCUGAUUGUGUCGAGGGAAGUGAAGGGGGAGGAGCCCAGUGUCCAGAACAGCAGCGGCGAGCUGGUCAGUAUUGGUUCUUCCUAUACCUAUGGAAAUGAAGACCAGGCAGAGUUCUUGUGUGUGGUGUCCAAGGAGUUGCACAACACCGCCUACGGCACCAACAGCGAGCCCAGUGAGAAAGCCAAGAUUCUGCAAGAAAGGGGAUCAAGAAUGUGAAGCCACAGUAUUGAAGACUUUCCUUUUGAUUUUCAAGCACAGAAAGAAAGCCAACACAUCACCGCGCUGAAGAGCUUUGGCAUAGAUGAAAACUACUAGGCUGAACUUUUUUUUUAAUUUAGAUUUUGUAUAUAUACUCUACAGACAAAAAGAUUUAAAAGAUUACAUAUAUAAAAACACCACAAGUUGGUUUUAAACAUUUUUUUGCCUGUUCAGUGUACAGGACCAAGUUUCUAACAAACAGUAAAUAUUGAGAGAUUACUGACUUAGUCUUGCAAGUCUGAUCAUUUGCACAAACUGCAAUGCAGCGGGCUGAGCAGAGUACAUUAUGCAAUCUAAGCCAGCCAGUAGUGUAGGUUUCCACCGUUUUGAAAUGUGUGUCAAGUUUGUUGACCCAGUAGUGUUCAAUAGGGCUGUGAGGGAAGGAUCGCACCAUGCUUCUUUCGCUCUGUUCCCAGAGUGAUUGGCACAAACAAAGCUAGCUCCCUCAUCUAGGAUUGAGAAGCAGGCAUGGAAAACACACAAAGGUCAUACUCUGUUGUGUGUUGUCUGCUAUAUCAAUUCAUUUGAAAGUAUUGACAGCUAACCCUACAGGAGUGGAUUAGAAAUGUAUAGGGUCCACUAAAUUUCUUCACUUAUCAAAAAGGGAGUAGAAUAGAUUUGAAAUGAUUUUAUAUUUCUGUUAAGGACCAAGUCAGAAAAAGGUGCAUUAAAAAAAUAAAAUGUAAAAUGUGAGUUUACUGAAAAGCAGAACAGUGUUCUUUAAUUAAAACGAUGCUUCCUCCAGAAAUGCAUUCACUUAAAUUACACGUUUUGAUCAUUUUCCAAAGGAACGUCGCAUAUACAGUACAGUAGCAAUGCUUUUUUAAAGGACACAUAUAGGUAAUUGUGGUUCAGGUUUUUUUUGUGUGUGUGUUAAGAUAUUUUGAAGAGCUUUCAAACAUGCAUAGAAAGAACAGAUUCCUGGCCCAAAUACAGAGAUUUCUAAUUUUAGGUUUUUGAUUUUUUUUUUUUUUUUUUUUUUUUUUUUAGUAUGCAUACGUUUAAUAAGGAACAAAAAUCCAUAUGGCAAAUUAGACCAUACGUUUAACUUAGUGUUAACUGAAAAUGGACAUAUCCACAGCACUGAUCUACUGUACAGAUGUGCCAUGUUUUAAAAUUCGAACUAUUCUGUGUGUGUACAAAUACACAGAUAGAUACAUAGAAGGUAGGCAUAGGUACCUCAUUUGUACAAUUUAUUGGGUGUAUAGAUUAAUAAUAAAGGGCACGAUUUACUGAGAGGAAAGAUAGCUUAAUGAAGACGGUGAUUUCAGACUGGUUUUAUUGUAUAUAAAAAGAAAAACUGAAUUGGUUUCUAAAGGCUUUUUAUAGUUUCACUAACCCUUAAUUAAGGUCAGUGUGCACACAGACGCACACAAACAGACUGAGUAUCUGUCAUAAACUUCUAAACACGCACACACAUGCAGGAACGCUUCAGUGUAAAAUACCAAACCAGUUUUUUUAGUACUAAAUAUUUUUUAAUAAAUGUUGUAUAUUGUUAUACAUUUUACAGGUUUGGCUGAAAACCUUGCAUUCCCUAGUUUUAUACAGAAGCAAGUUCAUUUAAGUACCAAGCCAAUAUAUUUCAAUAAUAAACUUUUUUUUUCGUCUUUUGUUGACCUGGUUUUAUAUGAAAUAAAACCUGCUGCGUAAUCCAGUUGAAUUAAUUGGUUUUAUUUAUUUAACAAGUGAUCCUUCCAGUUUAGGAUAUAUUCAGUUGACGCAGAAAGAGACCAGUAGUAUAUGCUGAUAAGGAAGAGGUUGUGUGCAGGAGAGAACUGACGUUUGGAUCGAACAUAUUAACAGAAGUGUGAGCAUUUUCUCACACACAUUGCAUCUUCUAACUGCUGCAGCUUUUACCUGUUCAACUGGUUUAGGUGAAGUGUGCUCUAUGCAACUGAACACAGUAAAAAGAGCUUCUAAAAUCAGCUCCAGGUUUUGAAGUGCUCCACGCUGCUUUCAGUAUGACUUGCAAAAUGAGGUUUAGACCUCUUAUUUAUACUCUGUAAAUGACAGGGUUGUUUUUUGCAUAUUGAAUGUUUUUUUCUUUUUUUUUUCUUUUACAAAAACAUUCUCCUUUUUAUAGUUUUAUAUGGCCUUCAAUGUAACAAAAAAAUAAAAUUUAAAAGCAGUUAAUCUAUUUACAAUGAUGAAUGAACCGGUACUUUUAUAUAUAUUUUUGCAUGGCUGUACUAGCUUAGUCAAAGUAUCUAGUGUGUUUCUUUUUAUAUUUGACUUCACAUGGCAACGUUUGUUUUUGACGUUCUAUUAUGUGUUCUAAUGAUGCUUUUGAAUUCAUUUUUGUUUUUUUAAACAACUUUUGCACCAGCUUGUUAAUAUCAGUACUGUGUUUUUAGUUCUUAUAUCUUAUUUUCUGUUAAUAAGGUUUGUAUUUAUAUAUAAAAUACCCUUUGACCCACAGAAAUGUGGCCUGUGAACUACCUUUUUGUUGACAGUCUCUUUUCUGUUGUGCAUACUGCUAUCCUGGUUUUUAUUAAAUUGCUUUUGGUUUUCA